CUCUCUUGGAAGUAGUUCCCAAUCCUGGCGUCCUCUCAGUUUCCCCAACGCUGAAUCUGUUGUUUAAUUGCUAACAAUGUUUUUGAAAGGCAGAGUUCUGAGCCAGCAGCACCAUAAUCUCACUCUUAGCCAAGAGCGCUGGCUUUGGGGAGUCCAUCUGCCAGAAUUGGUAGGAGAUCCAGUCAGUGGUUCCCCUCGUCUCUAAACAUUGUAAGUUACAGCAUCCUGUCUGAGAGGCAGGUCCUGGACUCCCCACCCUCUGCGAUCCUUCUCUAACUCACUGGGGACGCCACCGUCGCGGCGGAGACUUAAAGCAGUUUUAUGACUUUCUCCCACUUAAAUGGAAAUUUCUUGAAGGAGGGAAGUGGGUUCAUUUUCCCAGGCUUCUCUGUCAGGAGGAGCUCCCUCACCGCAAAGGAGCUACUUUGGAGUUUUACGCCCUCCCCACACCCCACCCUUGGGGAUGGGAAGGAUGUUCUGCGACUCGCGGGCUUGUAGGAUGGAAAGUCACAGCCUGCAGGCUGGAUUGAGUCGCGGGAAGCUGCUGGGUCCCUGCCUGGCGCUCUCCGGGUGUGUCCAUUGAACUGCGGUGGACUGGUCCCCAGCGCGGGAACCCAAGCGCCACUGCCCCAAGCGUAGCCCGGUUGGCUCGCUCCUAGGCUAGCCAGCACCUGGAGGGCAGGACAGAACCUCUCUUGCUCGCACCCAUCGCCCAAGGAUGGCAAGACCAGGCGCGGCGUAGCAGCGUGAGAAGCCCAGAGACCCACUCGUCCAGUUUGUUCUCGAGGCACCAGGAGGACUUAACCCUCCGAGCUCCAGGAAGAACCGAGCCAAACUCAGCCUGGGAGACCGACUUGGGAUCAGGCUGGUGCUCUGCGGGGGUGCAGGGGACAGACAGACUCGAAGCCAGCUGGGUGUGCACGCGUGCGAGCGUGCCUCGGGGCAUCCCGCACACCCUCGGUCCCGUGUGGCGACACUCCGCGGGGAGGAGGGAGUGGCAGCCACCGGACUAAAGGAAAGCGAGGGACACCUCACAAAGUGACGCCCCCAACAGGUCCGGAUUUGGAAUUGGAAGCGGCAGAAAUCCGGACCUCCCCGGGCCUGCUCCGCACACCCCGCCGCCCCCGCCCGGAGCCCAGACCCUCGGCUUGCCGGCCCCCCAGGGCGCCCCGUCGGCUGCGGGCUUCCUCCUGCAGACCUGCCCGCGCACAUGAAGCGGCUGCCCCCGCCGCAGGCGCCGGCGCCCCCCUCGCGGUGCCCGUGGUGAUGCCAUGCCCCGCCACCACGCGGGAGGAGAGGAGGGCGGUGCCGCCGGGCUCUGGGUGAGGAGCGGCGCGGCGGCGGCGGCGGGUGGGGGGCGCCCGGGCAGCGGCAUGAAGGAUGUGGAGUCCGGCCGCGGCAGGGUGCUGCUGAACUCGGCGGCCGCCAGGGGCGACGGCCUGCUGCUGCUCGGCACCCGCGCGGCGGCGCUCGGCGGAGGCGGCGGCGGCUUGAGAGAGAGCCGCCGGGGCAAGCAGGGGGCCCGGAUGAGCCUGCUGGGGAAGCCGCUCUCCUACACCAGCAGCCAGAGCUGUCGGCGCAACGUCAAGUACCGGAGGGUGCAGAACUAUCUGUACAACGUGCUGGAGAGACCCCGCGGCUGGGCGUUCGUCUACCACGCGUUCGUUUUUCUCCUUGUGUUUGGUUGCUUGAUUUUGUCAGUGUUUUCUACCAUCCCUGAGCACACAAAGUUGGCUUCAAGUUGCCUCUUAAUUCUGGAGUUCGUGAUGAUCGUUGUCUUUGGCUUGGAGUUCAUCAUUCGAAUCUGGUCUGCAGGUUGCUGUUGUCGUUAUAGAGGAUGGCAAGGGAGACUGAGGUUUGCUCGAAAGCCUUUCUGUGUUAUAGAUACCAUUGUUCUUAUCGCUUCAAUAGCAGUUGUUUCUGCAAAAACUCAGGGUAAUAUUUUCGCCACGUCAGCGCUCAGAAGUCUCCGGUUCCUACAGAUCCUGCGUAUGGUGCGCAUGGACAGAAGGGGAGGGACCUGGAAGUUGCUGGGCUCCGUGGUUUACGCUCACAGCAAGGAAUUAAUCACAGCCUGGUACAUUGGAUUUCUGGUUCUUAUUUUUUCAUCCUUCCUUGUCUAUCUUGUGGAAAAAGAUGCCAAUAAAGAGUUUUCAACAUAUGCGGAUGCUCUCUGGUGGGGCACAAUUACACUGACAACCAUUGGCUAUGGAGACAAAACACCCCUAACUUGGCUGGGAAGAUUGCUCUCUGCAGGCUUCGCCCUUCUUGGUAUUUCUUUCUUUGCACUUCCUGCUGGCAUUCUUGGCUCAGGUUUUGCCUUAAAAGUACAGGAACAGCACCGCCAGAAGCAUUUUGAGAAAAGAAGGAACCCAGCUGCCAACCUCAUCCAGUGUGUCUGGCGUAGCUAUGCAGCUGAUGAGAAGUCGGUCUCCAUCGCAACCUGGAAGCCACAUCUGAAGGCCUUGCACACCUGCAGCCCUACCAAGAAAGAACAAGGGGAGGCAGCAAGCAGUCAGAAGCUGAGCUUUAAGGAGCGAGUGCGCAUGGCUAGCCCAAGAGGCCAGAGCAUUAAGAGCAGACAAGCAUCGGUAGGUGACCGGAGAUCCCCAAGCACUGACAUCACUGCUGAGGGCAGCCCCACCAAAGUGCAGAAGAGCUGGAGCUUCAACGACCGAACCCGCUUCAGGCCCUCACUACGCCUCAAGAGUUCCCAGCCGAAGACGGUGAUAGACGCUGACACAGCCCUUGGCAUUGACGACGUAUACGAUGAGAAAGGAUGCCAGUGUGACGUGUCCGUGGAGGACCUCACCCCACCACUCAAAACCGUCAUCCGAGCCAUCAGAAUCAUGAAGUUUCAUGUUGCAAAGCGGAAGUUUAAGGAAACAUUACGCCCAUAUGAUGUAAAGGAUGUCAUUGAGCAAUACUCUGCUGGCCAUCUGGACAUGCUAUGUAGAAUUAAAAGCCUUCAAACACGCGUUGAUCAAAUUCUUGGAAAAGGACAAAUCACAUCAGAUAAAAAGAGCCGAGAGAAAAUAACGGCAGAACACGAGACAACGACAGAUGACCUCAGCAUGCUGGGCCGAGUUGUGAAGGUUGAAAAACAGGUACAAUCCAUUGAAUCCAAGCUGGACUGCUUGCUGGAUAUCUACCAGCAGGUCCUCCGGAAAGGCUCUGCCUCGGCCCUCACUCUGACGUCCUUCCAGAUCCCGCCCUUUGAAUGUGAACAGACCUCUGACUAUCAAAGUCCCGUGGAGAGCAAAGACCUGUCGAGCUCCGCGCAAAACAGUGGCUGCUUAAGCAGGUCAGCCAGUGCCAACAUCUCAAGAGGCCUGCAGUUCAUCCUAACGCCAAAUGAGUUCAGUGCCCAGACUUUCUACGCGCUUAGCCCUACUAUGCACAGCCAAACUACACAGGUGCCAAUGAGUCAAAACGACGGCUCCUCCGUGGUGGCCACCAAUAACCUUGCAAACCAAAUAAGCGCCGCACCCAAGCCAGCAGCUCCAACAACUUUACAGAUCCCACCUCCUCUCUCAGCCAUCAAGCAUCUAUCCAGGCCGGAACCCCUGCUGUCCAACCCCCCUGGCGUACACGAGAGUAUUUCUGACGUCACCACCUGCCUUGUUGCCUCCAAGGAAAACGUUCAGUUCGCCCAGUCAAACCUGACCAAGGACCGUUCCCUGAGGAAAAGUUUUGACAUGGGAGGGGAAACUCUGUUGUCCGUCCGCCCCAUGGUGCCCAAGGACUUGGGCAAAUCUCUGUCUGUACAAAACCUGAUCAGAUCGACAGAGGAACUGAACUUACAGUUUUCGGGCAGUGAGUCAAGUGGCUCUCGAGGCAGCCAAGAUUUUUAUCCCAAGUGGAGAGAAUCCAAAUUGUUUAUAACUGAUGAGGAGGUCGGUGCCGAGGAGACAGAAACAGAUACUUUUGACGGCACCCCACCGCCUGCCGGGGAAGCUGCUUUCUCAUCAGAUUCUCUAAGGACUGGAAGGUCACGGUCAUCUCAGAACAUUUGUAAGACGGGAGACAGUACGGAUGCCCUCAGUUUGCCUCACGUCAAACUGAACUAAGUUCUUUGUUUCCUUUCUAAGCGUAGCUGUUCUUUUAGCCAUACAUAUCACUGCAUGAACUACUCUGAAAGCCCUUCUAAAAAGUUAAAAAUCGCGCAAGAGUCAGGAAGAACAUGAAAGGCCAUGUAUACGCCCGUUAUCUUUUAAUUGCAUGAAAAUGCAUGUUUAGGGGUGGCAGAAAUUCCAAGGUACAUCGACAUUAACCCAUGCAUUUAAUAACGUACCUUGAGUCUAAAAUCCCAAGCCAACAGUCGCUGCUGAUGCUAUGGGGUGUGUGAAGAUGUCGGGAUAUUAGUUCAAUUGCAAGAGUUGACGCUGUAUUUUGAAAUUGUGAGAGUAAACACCUUCAAAUUUCAGGCAUUUCUGCUUUAUGACUAGAUACAAAGUACAUUUUCAAAAUUAGGCCAUAAUGUAUGUUUUAGACACAAUGGCUAUCAACAGCUGCUAAUAACACAAGUAAAGCAGAAUUUGGAAUAUAACCGAAAUGGCUGCUUAUUUCAAGAGACCUUUGCCAACCCGUUCCUCCUAAGUCAUUUCAUCAGUGUAAUUUGAAUGUCAAUCUGUGUGCUUCUGGUGACUUAGCGCUGUGGCAAGCAAAUUUGCACAUUGUUUUCAUGUUGUCCUUUAUGCUGAGAAUGUUUUCCGGUUAGAGUAUGGCCAAAUAAUAUUAUGGGGGGCCAGUGUGGGGGGAGUGUCCCUCUUCCUUUGGCAUCUAACCACUUGAUGACAACAUAGCCUCUACUGGAGGAGUCAGCUCUGUAAAUGGUCAACCUCUUUACAAGCGUGUGAAAUGCUGGUGGAUUUAACAGCCUGUGUGCAACUGGGCUGGUCUCCCUGUGAGGAUACAACCACAGGUUUGCCCAUCCUGUCUUCUCAAAUGGCCAGGGUGACUAGCAAUUCCCAUUCAGUGGACACACAAGUAGGGUCCUGGGGAAGUGGUUACCCACUUGAGGGUGGGGAAAAACAACUUGGAAAGAAUCCACAGUUGCCACAAGUGGGUGACGUUAAAGGAAGUUGCCUCCCCACCCUGAUGGGCAAGGAGGAGAGGAGCCAAAAUGAAAUAACUAGGUUUCCUUAGAAAAAUAAAUAUUGCUAGGGAAUCUAACUACCUUAACAUCCCUCAUUCUUGUAUAACAGAGGAUUUUUGCAAGCUAUUUAUUUUAAUAUGCCCUGAGUGUCUUUUGGUAUUAUGUAGCACAUUUUGCAUAUGAAAGGCUAAAAUCAAACUCCCUUACUUUUAUACUAUAGUGAACAUUUUUCUAUUCUUCCCAACAAUCGUAUCCCAAAUGUAAAAGUAUGGGCUCAGUUUCCAGGUUAUGAACAUUUAUAACUACAAACCAGAGAGCACUGGAUGGGGUCUGCAGAUCAAAACUCCUUAGUUAGAUACUAUGGUGGGAAAAGAAACGAAUGAAAAGUUAUUUAUUACAAACAUAUUUCCCAAAAGGCAAGCAGUACCGGCUGCUUGGUAGAAUUCAGCCCCACACCUGUAGUCACAGAGAUGGUGAGCCCGAGACAGAGGAUCAUGAGUUCAAGGCUAGCCUGGAUCAUACAGCAAGAAAAAGGGGGUGGGUCCGCUAAGGAAAGACUUAUAACUGCGGUUUAAAUUGUCUAAGCUUUAACUAAAGGAUUCCUGAAAUAAGGUUGUUUUUUGUUUUGUUUUGUUUUGUAUUUUUAAUACUGGGGGUCUGGGGAAGAACCUUUUCAACCUUUUUAGCAUCCAGGCCAAAUGAGCAGAAUCUAGGGAUAUCAAGUGGUUGGCUGAUCAAAGGAAGGGAACCUCCAAACCCACCAGCCCUUCCCAUGCCUCUUCCCCAAGAGAAUGUUGUCCCUGAAAAAUCUGCCCUUACUUUUCUUUCCCCCAACACCACAAUUUUGCUUUAGAACUUCACCAGGCUUUAACCAGCCUCCAGCCUCAAGCAAACCAAUUCUCUCUUCCUCAGAUGUGUUUCCCAACCUUUAAGUAACAUUGUCAUUUUUGGCAAACGGCCAUGUUUAAAAAAAGAAACAAGAAAGAGAAAAAGUCUUCCUCUCGCUCACCCCUCAAGGAUGCAUGCACACUUCUAAUCCUUUGAGAGGCAAAGUCCGGUGGAUCUUUGUGAGUUCAAGGCCAACCUGGACUAUAAGGUGUGUUCCAGGCCACCCAGGGUGACAGAGAGACUCUGUCUCAAUAAAACAAACAAAAAACAAAAUCUAAAAACAGACAAACAAAAACCUUCUUGGACUCUAAUACAGUCUCUUAGAGUGUAGCGUUCAGUAUCUUCUGACCUAUGAGAACCCCUAUAAAGUCUGAAUUUUACACUCCAUUGAAAUAUUCCUCAAGCUAUUAUUUUCAUUUUACAAACAAUGCUACUCAAUUAUUAGUACGAUUUCUUAUUUACCUAUAUCUCCAACCAACCCGAAUGAUGCACCCUCCAAAGGACACUGCACGCACUUGUGUGUAUACACGCAGCACACCCCUCCCCACUGAACAAAAACCAGAGAUACCUGCCCGGCACUGAACAAGGCUCACUCCAAAUACUGACUGAGGAAGAGGAGGGAGCUGACAGCUUCCAGACAGCACUGUCUCAGGUAGAACCCCACUGGCAGCAAGGAUUGUGAAUGUAUCAGGGAAUCCCUUCUUAGGCAUCCUCGGGCCUCAAGCACAGUACAGUUCAUCUAACAUAGCUAAAGUCUGAAGACUCAGAGAGAAAGCCUAAACGUGUCCCCUACAGUCUUAAGCAUAGAAAAAUGUGAAAAACGACAUUGAGAAUAAUGUCUGGAUAUUGAAGCCAUGACCACUUUGUGUCUGUUUUAUUCUAGCACAAAAACUCCUGGAUGUUGGUAGGUUUUGGGUAUGUUCAUUUUAGGGGUCUGUCUAUGCUAUGGGGGAAUAGAGGGGGAGUCUCCUAUUUGCACUUAGCAGAGGCCCAUUGCUCCACCCCAAAGAGUAGGGGGUGGGGGGAGCACAGUUUAGCUGAGCUCACUGAGUAUCCCUGUGCUUUCUCGGCUCAAGUCCGUCUGCCUCCGGCCACUGCACAGGGUUGGUGGGACUCAUUGAUAACAACAAUCGUCCCACGCGGAAGGUUAUCCGCAACAUUUUUUGCCAUGUCUAAUCUAAAUGUUUGCAUUUUGUUGAACCAAAUCAAUAUCCGUAGAUGGCAAGUUCAUUUAAUUUAAGAGCUUUAUUGGGUUUUCUAGGAACUUAACGGUGCCUUUCUGACGUGCCAUUGGCUCAGCCUUUUGGCUUUGUUCUGUUUUGCUUUGUCUCCUGGAAGGUUCCUAAUAUGAAAAUCAAACAAGCCUAACAAAGGAGUUGAGGCACAAACUAGCUAAAUAUCCUACCCAUUUCCAGAGCAAAACUAUAAAGAAUGACGAAACCCAGGCAAGCAGAGCAUCCAGUCAGAUCAAGGAAAUAUCAUAAACGCUAAUUCCCCAGAACCCGAUUUUUUUUUUGCCUUAAAUGACAUGGUUGUGUUUUUGUAAGGAAAAAUUUAAUUUAAUAUAAUUAUGUGCAUUUAACCAAGCAGUUCCAAAAGUCAUGUACGAAAACAAUGCAGUCGUCUGUUUCCUGAAAAAAAUGACUAAAUCAGGAACACCGUACCUAUUUCAAGCUAUCGUCAAAAUGUAAUUUCCUUUACCCUUUUACCAAGAUGACUUGUUUUAAACUAAAACAAUUAAAAAAAAAAGAUGCCUACAAA